AUCCCAGCAUACUACGCGUGCUACCUUCUCCGCUCAACAGUACGCCACCAGAGUCUGUACGUCGGGAGCACGCCGAAUCCUGUCAGGCGACUGAAACAACAUAAUGGCAUUGCUCCUGGCGGUGCAGUUCGAACGUCACGCGACACAUUGAGACCAUGGGAGAUGACAUGCCUAGUCUCCGGCUUUCCGAGCAAGAUUGCUGCGCUCCAAUUUGAAUGGGCCUGGCAGAACCCCCAACUUACUCGCCACAUCACUGCCGAUACUCGAUUGGCCCAAGCCAGGACUAACACACGGAUCUCUCCUAAGACCGGAAAGGUGCGAAAGCGUCCAGGUAGGCCACGGCUUUCGCUUACGGACCGCCUAGCGAACCUGCACUUGUUGCUUCGAGCUCCUAGCUUCGAGCGAUGGCCGCUCAAAGUGACCUUCUACGCCGAGGAUGUCUUUCGCGUGUGGUCCAAGUGGACGAGCCAACAUCUGGAAAGAUUGAGGCCUGGCAUCUCAGUUGCACUAGACGACUGUGCCCGGUCUCAUUCAGAUAACCAUAUCCUCAACCCUGACCGGCCAACCGGAAUAUCUGCCAUUGACGUGACGUACCGAACUCUCAAGCCUCACGUCGACAAGUCAAGGCGACUCUUCGAUAAUGCCGAAUGGGUCAAUUGUGCUGUAUGCGCUGAAGGUCUGCCAGCGAGCGGAGCCUCGACGCUGAUCUGUCCAACCGAAGGAUGCAACGCCAUGUCGCAUGUAGAAUGCCUCUCAGCUAGAUUCCUGGCUGUCGAACAUGAUCAAGAUGCCAUCGUCCCAAUUAGUGGGAGCUGCCCAGGAUGCGGAAGCCAGCUUCAGUGGGUAGACCUAGUCAAGGAGUUGAGUCUGCGGAUGCGAGGUCCAAAACAGCUAGAGGCCUUGUUCAAGGCCCGUCGCAAGGCCAAG